ACUUCCGCUGUCCCGAGGAGGGCGGGGGGAGCGAACUGUUGUGGUGCGGCGCGUUGGGCGGGCGGCGGCCGGGCGGCCCAGGGGCUGCCGCGGGACUCGGGGCGCAGCCGAGCCGCUGAAGGGGUGGGGCGGGCCGGACGCGCCGCGGGGCCCGGGCGCCGCGGGUUCGAGGCCCGGCCCCGCGAGAGGAGGCCGCGCCACCCCAGGGGAGCUGCCGGGCGGCGAGUUUGCCCCGCAACCGAAAGAAGGCGGGGGCCUUCGAAACCCCCUGGCAGCCCGGGCCCAGAGUCCCUAGGGAGCCACCGCGUCCUGGGACGGCCCCCGGGACACCCCUGCUGCAGGGUAGCGAUUCUGGGCCCCCGGCCGAAGGCGCCUCCGGGUGACCCCCGGCGGGGCCCUGCAAGCCGCGGGAGCUGACCCUGGGGCCUCAAGCCGGGAGGCAGGGGCUCUCCGGAGACGUGGGCCUGGGGCUGAAGGAGCCGGGCCUCUCGGACGCGGGGCAGGGCAGCGCCUGUCUGGAGACGGACUCCGGGACUCUCGGGUGCGGGGGUCUCGGCKACCUGCCCCGCGGGGAGCGCGGCCGCGGAGUGGCCUACAAGGUGUCCUCCCCUAGAGGGGCCGGCCCGGGGCGGGGAGAUGAACGGCUUCAGCACGGAGGAGGACAGCCGCGAAGGGCCCCCCGCCGCCCCCGCCGCCGCCCCGGGCUACGGCCAGAGCUGCUGCCUCAUCGAGGACGGCGAGCGCUGCGUCCGGCCCGCGGGCAACGCCUCCUUCAGCAAGAGGGUCCAGAAGAGCAUCUCGCAGAAGAAACUCAAGCUGGACAUCGACAAGAGCGUAAGGCACCUAUACAUCUGUGAUUUCCAUAAAAAUUUCAUCCAAAGUGUUCGAAACAAAAGGAAGAGGAAGACAAGUGACGAUGGUGGAGAUUCUCCUGAGCACGACACUGACAUUCCUGAGGUCGAUCUGUUCCAGCUGCAGGUGAAUACUCUACGACGUUAUAAACGACACUACAAGUUGCAGACGAGACCAGGCUUCAAUAAGGCCCAGUUAGCAGAAACUGUCAGCCGACACUUCAGGAACAUACCUGUGAAUGAAAAAGAGACCCUCGCCUACUUCAUCUACAUGGUGAAGAGUAACAAAAGCAGACUGGACCAGAAAUCAGAAGGCGGCAAGCUUGAGUGAGGAGGAAGCACACCUUAAAGAAAUGAAGUAUAAUGCUCAAUGCACAGGUGAUAUCUGUGACCAUUAAGCCCAUAAAGACUGUUAAAUAUUAUUGUAAAUAAAAAAGUUUGAAUGAUGAAUACUGUAAAUCUUUUUGGUCAGGAGGAUUAUAUUCUCAUGAUUCGGCAUGUGUAUAGAAAGACUUUGUUUUAAGAUAACUACUGGACUGAAAAAAAACAGGUUCAUAAAAAGAAUUUAAAACCGUGUAUUGCAGCAUUCAACAAAGCAUUAAGUCGAUCCUACUGGAAAUAUGGAAUAAGAAAUAUUUUGGUAUUCACCUUGUAUGCCAGGCUGCCACAUGCAAGACAUGGCCCUGGAACAGCAGCGAAGAGCAAUUGAUGAUGGAGGUGUGGGAGCAGACCUGUUUGGACUUGCACACCGCCUACUGAGGACAUAGACGUCCUGCUCUGUUGCAAGCUCUGAUUAGCACAUCAGUUUGACACUGGUCCCUCUCACUUGCCCUGUGCCUUGUACACAGUGAGCACUCCAUCAGUAUUUGUUAGCUAAUUGAGCAGUCACAACAGCACCAGUCCUGUAACAUCUGCUUCCAUCCUCUCAUUGAGACCUCUGCCAUUUCUGUUGCUCGCUGCUCAACUGCUAGGUGUGGAAGAAGUCCUGGUGCAUCAGCAGGGAGGUUUCAGGAGAGUUGCAUGUUUUAUUUGUCCGGGUUCCAGAAACAAUACGAAGACCCUCACGGGAGGGUCCUUUGCAUGCCUCUCUACGCUUUACUCUUUGGGGCAAAGUCAUGUAUUGUGAUUUCAGCCAUGCUCCUCCUGGGUACUAAGUGCUUUUUAACAAACAGAAAUUUAGUGAUUUGGGGCUAAUGUUUUGAGAAGUAUUCAUCCUUAGUUCACAGCCACCAGGAAAUCUGCCAAGGACCAUGUGAUUCCUGUUCGGGAGUCCAGCUGUGGGAAAGCCUGUCUGGCUGCCUUGACUCCCUGGGCUCUGCUAGGCAGCAAAUCAUGAGUUUGAGCAAAAAAGGACGGUUCCACUUGAUCCUCAGUUUUGCAAGAAAUAUGCCUUCCUUUUAGGGAGAAAGAUCAGUAAAAUAAUUUUUCUAAAUAUUUCAAUUUCAAUUAACCUGAUUUUUUUGUUGCUGUUCAAAUUCUUCUAUCCAAUUAUAUCAGAGCCAAAGUAUCCUGUGAAAGCAAAGAUUUAUAUUCAGAAGUAUACUUAUGCAAAAUUCUCUUAUAGCGUCUUGGUGGGACAGAGAAUGUAGAUCAGAAAAUGGGAGAAAAAGAUAAGAAAAUUGGAUUCUAAUUUCUAACCAUCUUGACAUAUGUUAUAGUCAAAGGUAUGAUUUUUUCCUUCUUGGUUGGUUUCAAUUUAAGCCUUAAAUGAUAAGAGGAGCAAUGGACAGCCUGGCAGAGUUUUAGUGUCUUAUCUGAGCUUAAUCUGAGUACUGUCUCAGAGAAGUCAAAACUAAACCCACACUGAGCAGGUGGUGGAAUGUCUGGAGGUCUCAGUUCCGUGGAACAGAGUACUGUGGUUUCUAUGGAAUGCAAACAAGGCCACCGCUGUCACUAAAAUGCAGUAUGUUCGUUGCCCCAUAGCUUUCGCCAGUGUUCAAAAUGCAUGUCCAGCAGAUUGCAGCUUUUCAAAAUAUGUGUAAAUGAAUGUACAUAGAAUAUACUCUGGGCAAUGAGGGGGCCUAUUUUGAUACGUCUCCUGGCUGUGGAGGGUAUAGCAAGGUGCUCUGAGUGUUUCAGUCAUUCUAAUUCAGUAUGUAUCUAGGGACUAUCCCUCCUUCAUAGCUGACGGAUGUUGGCAUAGCUAUCGAAAAGGCUCAGCAGGAGCUGGAGUUUGGGAGCAGAUGGGCCUGCAGGAAAAGGCAUCAUUAACCUGAUCCAUAGACAUGUCCAUGUCUUAAUGAGGAAGAAAGUGGAUCUUUCUGAUAUGUGAACCAAAAUUGUGGGCAUUGUAGGUCAUGUCACUGUUUCUUUAAUAGCAAAUCUGUUUUCCCAGCUGCGAGCAGUACAUUUCUGGAUAAGGUAUGGUGUUGGGGGCCGUUCAGCUGCAUCUGUAAGAACGCUGUUGUUCCAAAGUGAAGCCUGGGAAGCUUUUCACCUUGAGCCAGCCGCUGCGCACACAUGGUCACGUGUUGUCUUUCCUCUAAAGUGGCUGCUAUAGGAAAGUAGAAAUUGUGGGUAUCUUUUCAACCUUUCAAAACAGGUGAGAGAAAAACAAAGUUAUUUGAACUUGGGUUUUUCUCACGUCCAGAAGUCUGUUCUUUCAUCACGCUACUAAACCACUUGCCUUAGCCUCUUCUGCAGUUCUUGAUGGCUUUAUCCAUGGGUAGAAGACUUCUGCCUGUGAGAAAUGGCCAGGCCCUCCAAAGCCACUAGGUCUGGCUCUAGGGAGUGGUGGGUUUGGGGAAAGCAGUGUUCAUCCUGGCUGCCUGCAUUUCUAUGCCACUGUCAAGGACACUUCCCUCCACCUGUGACGUUGCAGCAUUGCCUUCUCUCUUCUUGGUGCUCCUGGGCAAAACUGGAAUUUCAGAUCCAGAACUGGUAUUGUCUUCUUAAAGAGUACAGUUACUGCCUCAGUUUCAGCCUGGUAUGAUUGUUUCAUGUGCCCUGAAGGUUGUCACAUGCAAAUGUCAAUAUCCUACCAUUCAUGUUUCAUUUUAAGGUUUAAAAAAAAAAACUUAGGUUGACAGUGGUAUAUGAAGAAGAUCAUAACUGAAUCUCACAAAAGAUUGAAAGCCAAAGGAUUCAGGACUACUGUUGUAAACAAGGAGGGAUUUCACUGUGUGUUACAGCUGCCGAGCGUUAGAUGUUCCAGUUGUAGUUAAAUAGUCACUGCUAGCCUUUUGGAGAGCAGAUUUUAAUAAUGUUUGUGAUGGAAUGUUGCAUCUAACCUUGGCAUUUGAGCUGUUUAUUUUGUGGGAAAUACUUUGUUAAUAUCCACAGAGCAACUGCCUGGUGGAAGGCGGAGGAGGGGAAGAAGCUUUCUCUGGAAGCCUUGCAUACUGAAGUAGGCUGUCCCACAGGUGGAUCCCAGAGAAUUUGCUUCAUGGAAAUCAUCUGAAGACUCAAUUGCCACAAUGACAAGAUCCAAAGGUUGGGAAAGGGUAUUUAAGUGAUCCAGUCCAGUCUCCCGUAGGUGCUGACAUUCUGCCUCCAACUGUCCCACCAAGGGAGCAGUCUGGGCUUACACACCUCUGAGGACAGAGAACUCACUACCUCCUGGGGAAGCCUGUUCUACCUUUGUAAACCUCUGGCUUUUCUAUGUUCUCUGUAAUUCUCAUCUUAGUCCCUGCCCCAUGGGGGCCACAUGGAAAGUUUCUCAUAUUGGCAAGGACCUCAUUUCUGGCAUUGGCCCACAGCAUUGCC